CCCGGAAGUGGUUAAACAUAAGUACUCCUUUGCAUUUAUUUGCGUUUUAAAAUCAAACUUUUUUUGGCCGCAAGAUGCUAUUGUAUAUUUAGAAGAAAUUAAUCUUAAUAUAUGCUCAAUGUCAGAUCGCAAACGAAGCCGAGAGCACCAUGAAGACAGACAUGAACGAAAGAAACACAAGGAGUCAAAACAAGACGGAGACAAAUACAAAAACCAAACCAAAAAACUAAUUCAGGAGGUGCAGAAAAUCAAGCAUGUGGAAACAUUUUAUGAAAAUCCUCCUCCUGGACUCAUAAAGGAAGAUGACGAUAAGCCAGAGGACUGUAUUCCUGAUGACCCUGGUAAUGAGGAUGCCAGGAAGUUCUUGGCACAGGCGCCCACCAAAGGACUGUGGAUGCCUCUGGGCAAAGAGGUGAAAGUCAUGCAGUGUUGGAGAUGCAAGAGGUAUGGUCACCGAACAGGAGACAAAGAAUGCCCUUUUUUCAUAAAAGGCAACCAGAAACUGGAGCAGUUCAGAGUGGCGCAUGAAGAUCCAAUGUACGAUAUCAUACGAGAAAACAAACGCAACGAAAAAGAGACAAGGAUCCAACAACUGAAGCAACUGCUACAGGACACCACCUCGGACUCUGACUCCUCUUCCUCUUCCGAUCAUGCCCGGAAAAAGAAAAAGAAAAAAAAGGAGAAGAAGAAAGAAAAGAAACAAAAGAAGAAAAAGAAGAAGCAUAAGGCCAAGGGCAGCGAUGACCGGCCAUUGAAAAUUAAUGAGGGAGAUCAAAAAUAAAAGAUAAAUUGAGUGUU